UUACUAUUAUGCCUUUCUAUAUUUCGCUCAAUCAAGCAGUAUUCAAAAAUUAAUGUUUAUGUUUAUUAACCUCAAAGUAGAUCCUAAAUGUCUUCGAACAACAGAUAGUUUUUCGCAUCUCAUAGAUUCGUGUUUUGUGCAGUUAGAGCCCUUCUACGCGCUUCUCAAACUAUCGAGUGGCCCCGAAAGUUCUGUGGUAGCCGCCAAUCAAUUGAUAAACGAGCAUUAUCGCUGCGGCAAUGAUUUAUUGUUGCAUAAAUGGCACUCACUAUUUAUUAAUAAAUGGGAAGCGAAAUUCUGAUAAUUUAUAUAUAUAUGAGCAGCACCAAGGAUUUUGUGGCCCAGUGUUUGUGUCUGUAAGCCAAUGUAGAGCACCCGUUCGCUUCGAAUGGCCAAGUAAAUAAACAAAAGUGGAUUUUUACACUCAUUGCCGCCGACAGCGCACAAUAAAAUGUGUGAAAAAUGUGCUCGAAGCAGUGGCAAUGCAACCGCGUAGACCAAAUAAAUAAAUAGAAACUGUGGAGAGCCUCGUUUGUUUGCUAAGAAAUUAAAUGAAAAUCGAUCAUUUGGGAAAUAAACGAGAAUGGCCGGCCAGCCAAUGGAAUUCAAAUAAAUAAAUGCGAAACCAGAACCAUUGUGUGUGCCCCUAAAAUAUAGUAACUAAUCAAAGUGUUCGACAGGUUCCUUUUUACUCGGCGAUAGCAAAGUUGGAAGACAAUGUCGCGGAUAUGUUAAGUGGAAAUGGAAAUGGAUACGAUGAUUUGUGAUCUGUGGUCUGGCCGCAUCUGGCUAUUUAUUCUCAUUUGUCUCUGCGGCUUUCAGCAAUCGCACGGCUUCUUUGUCGACUACACAGAGAACACCGAGUUAAUUCAGCAGAGAGCCGGAUUCGAUGUCAGGCUGCAGUGCAAUCUCAAAGGUCUGGUGGAUGAGAGUAUGCUGGAUAACAUCAAGAUACAUUGGUACUUUAAGCAAUGCAGCGAAAACAAUUGUCAUCAACUAGGAUCUAUGGAGGAAUGGACUGCACUGCCUUGUGAGCCGAGUCUGUGUCGUCCGGAACUGUGGCUCCGGAAUGUGACGGAGCGGUACUCGGGGCUCUACAAGUGCAGCAUUAAUCCGCACAUCUGGGACAAGGCUCAAGCUGUGGACGUUCAACUGGUUCGCACCUAUCAGCUGGAUGUUAAGAACACCUCGUUGGCUGCCCCUGAGUUUGUGGACUCGUAUCCCAACAACAAGACCACAUUGGUGGGCAGCAGGGUGGUGUUCCAGUGCCGGGUUCACAGCGAGGAGCAUCCCACCAUCAAGUGGUUUCGCCGGCAGACCUAUGUGGCAACUCAGUCAGCUGGAGAAGCCUCCUUGGCACCCACAACCUCCAAUUUCAGCACCCAUAUUGUGCGCUACAAUGGUCGCACAUAUGAACUACUGUCCACCGAUGCCGAAAAACUGAUGGCACCACAGAUAUAUCUCAGCAAACUGAUACUGGACGGAGUGCGAUUGGGGGAUGCCGGACACUACGCCUGCGUGGCCAUCAGCUAUCGAGGCCAUAAGAUCCGGGAAGCCUUUCUGGACGUGCUGCCCGACGAGGAGUAUCCGGAUCAGGAGAGGGAGUACUGGGCGGACUACGAUGGUACGGAUGAGGGCGUACCGACUAGCGAUCGACGGGAGUUCCUGCUGCUCUUCCUGAUGCCGCUGGGAUUGGCUCUACUGCCACUGAUCGUGUGGUUCAGUUACCUGUUGUAUAAACGCUGCUCUGUGGGCCAUGGCGAUUGCCAGCGGAUAGAUUCGGACGAGGAUCUGGACACGGAAAGAUGUGUCCUCGGCGGCAACUAGCAUGGGUAUCGAACAUUUUUAAAGCUGCACUACGCUUACUAUAAUGAUGUAAUAAAGACUGUCUUUAAAGUUAAGAAAAGUAGACGUACAAUCUGCAAAUAAAUAUAAGGUUUUAAAUAAACAUAGAAGCUAAGCAAGUCA